GGGCCAACUUGAUCAUAUGACUGGAAUUGUUUUCUCGUUCCAGUAAACAUUACACACCAGAUAUUCCUGUAAAACAAUUGAUAUGGUGGCUGAAAAAGUAGAAAAAGAGGCUGCUGGCCAGCUGCUGGAUGCCAUGUACCUGGACAUGUUCCAUUUAAUCGAAGAGCACACACAGUGUAAAGUGAAUUUGGAGAGAGCCAACGCCAGCGGAGCCAUACUUCUGGCCAGGACGAGAUUUCAGGCUGGAGGAAGUAAUUCCGUUUCCAAGGCGCAGAUCCCAACGGAGAACAGUGCCGAAUUCAAUGCCCUUUGCAGGGUCAUAAAGGCCAAAGACGAGAAUGAGAUCAACAUCGAGCGGCAUGCGGUGGAUAAGGCCAAUGGUUACGUGGAGCCCCUGCAUUGGUUCUCGGUUCUGCCGCCCAUGAGUUUACGCCAUGCAGUGACCAAGUUCAGGGAUUGCAUCGAGCUCGUUGCGGAGAGCACUAAUCUCCAGAGGCAGCUGACAGAUGUUUUGUGCUGGAUAUCCAAACUACGGCAGAGUGUACUGCAGCAAUAGAUGCACCCCUUGAGCAUGCAAUCAAUUGUAUUAUUAAGAAUAAAGUUAUUUACAAGAACACCCCUUUCCAAAACGUA